CUCAUUCAGCUCGAUCGCCCAGAGAAGCGCUGUGGUUGCAGAGAAGCGCGCGUAUGCUUCGCUUACAGACAGUUUAAACAGGAUGUAGCGACUGAGAGAGAUCACGGAAAGAGAGAGACUGAGAGGAAAAACACGGGUCAAAUUGUGUGAUGUGACAAACGGCAGACAGACAGAAAUGACCACCUCAGCGGAGGAGAGGACGAAGACAAGAGGAGUCCCGGUGAGGAGGCACCUCACCGCCGCUGGCAGGUCUUGACGGCUGCUCCCGGUGACCUGAGAGAGCCAAGCAGUCGCAGUGAGCAGCAGGGCUUACCCACGCUGAAAAACACAGCACAACCGGAACAGUCCACCUCAACCUUGAGAGCGACCAUGGCGAGCCUGAGCGACUGCUGUGUGAAGGUUGCUUUGAGGAUUCGUCCUCAGAUGGCCAAGGAGAAGAUCGAGGGCUGCCACGUGUGCACGCUGGUCACACCCGGAGAACCGCAGGUCCUCCUGGGAAAGGACAAGGCCUUCACAUACGACUUUGUGUUUGAUAUAGACUCAGAGCAGCAGCACAUCUAUCAGACUUGUGUGUACAAGCUCAUCGAAGGCUGCUUCGAGGGCUACAACGCAACUGUCUUUGCUUAUGGGCAGACGGGCUCAGGGAAGACCUACACCAUGGGGACCGGUUUUGAUGUGAGUCUAAGCCUGCAGGACCAGGGCAUCAUUCCACGGGCUGUUCACCAUCUGUUUAAAGGCAUCCAGAGCAGGAGGGAGCGUGCCCAGGUGACCGGCACCCAGCCCCCCGAGUUUAAAGUCAGCGCCCAGUUUUUGGAGUUGUACAAUGAGGAGAUCCUGGACUUGUUUGAUGGAGGCAGAGAUCCCGAGAGUCGCAGCAGGAAGUCCAACAUAAAAAUCCACGAGGACGCCAACGGCAGCAUCUACACCACAGGAGUCACUUCCAGGCUGGUGCAGUCAGAGGAGGAGCUGCUGCAGUGCCUGAAGCUCGGGGCUCUGUCCCGUACCACAGCCAGCACGCAGAUGAACGCACAAAGCUCCCGCUCACACGCCAUCUUCACCAUCAAUCUCUGUCAGAUGAGGGUUUUUCAGCAGCAGCAAAUGAAUGGAGGAGGAGAGAACGGCGAGGUGAACGGUGUAGACUCCCCCCCUAUUGGCCAGCCAGAGUACGAGACUCUGAUGGCCAAGUUUCACUUCGUGGACCUGGCUGGCUCAGAGAGGCUCAAACGCACGGGGGCCACCGGAGAAAGGGCCCGAGAGGGAAUCUCUAUUAACUGUGGACUGCUGGCUCUUGGUAACGUGAUAAGCGCUUUAGGUGACCAGGCCAAGAAAGCGGGACACGUCCCAUACAGAGACUCCAAACUUACCCGACUGUUACAGGACUCGCUGGGAGGCAACAGCCGCACAGUCAUGAUCGCCUGCGUCAGCCCAUCAGACCGGGACUUCAUGGAGACGCUGAACACACUGAAGUACGCCAACCGUGCACGAAACAUCAAGAACAAGGUAGUGGUGAACCAAGACAAGACCAGCCAGCAGAUUAACGCCCUGCGUGCGGAGGUAGCCCGGCUCCAGAUGGAGCUGAUGGAAUACAAGGCGGGAAAGCGUGUGGCGGGUGAGGAAGGUUCAGAAGGCUACAGCGACCUGUACCAGGAGAACACCAUGCUGCAGAGAGAAAACGACUCGCUGCGCCUGAGAGUAAAGGCAAUGCAGGAGACCAUCGAUCACCUCAACACACGGGUGACACAUCUGCUGGCCAAUGAGGUCAGCACUCUGCUCACCAAGUCAAGUGAAGGCAAUGAGGAGAUUGGAACGCUAAUACAGAACUAUAUCCGAGAAGUUGAAGAACUUAGAUCCAAACUCCUAGAAAGCGAGGCCAUGAACGAGUCUCUGCGGCAUCAGGUGGCCCGAAUCUCCUCUCGCUCCUCGUUCCCGGCCUCUGCUUUAAGCCCCGCCCCUGGCCACCCCCCUGGCUCCACCCCUGUGUCCAUGUCCAUGGAGGCUGAGAUGACGGACGUGCUGAGGCGCGCCAAGCUGGACAUCGAGAGGCUGAAGAAGAAGGAGAGACGGCAGAGAAGGCUGAGCCCAGAGUUGGAAAAAGGUUCUAAGAAACGAGUAAAGCUGCACUCUCAGGAAAACGGGGAGAACCGGCGGAGCGGUGAAAAUGGACAGAACGGAGAGAUCGAAUCAGAUGACAAUUACACCGAGGACAUCAUGUCUCCGCUGCAGGAGGAGAGUGGUUGUGAGGAAGAUGAGGGUGAGGAUGAAGAGGAGGGCAGGGAGGAAGAGGAUGAUUUCGACAGUGACGAGAGCCUGGUGGAUUCAGACUCUGACUCGGAUGAGAAAGCCAACUUGCAGGCAGAUCUGGCUGACCUGACCUGUGAGAUUGAGAUCAAGCAGAAGCUGAUAGACGAGCUGGAGAACAGCCAGCGGCGGCUGCUGAUGUUAAAGCUACAGUAUGAGGAGAAGCUCAUCCUUCUGCAGAACAAGAUCAGAGACACACAGCUGGAGAGAGACCGUGUGCUGCAGAACCUCAUGUCCAUGGAAAACUACACUGAGGAGAAGGCCAGCAAGAUCAGGCAGGAGUACGAGAAGCGCCUCAAAGAAAUGAACCGAGACCUACUGAAGCUGCAGGUGGCACAGAAGGAGCAUGCACGUCUUCUCAAAAACCAGGGGAGGUACGAGCGGGAGCUGAAGAAGCUCCAGACUGAGGUCAACGAGAUGAAGAAAGCAAAGGUGGUGCUGAUGAAGCAGAUGAAGGAGGAGCAACAGAGGAGGAGGAUGGUGGAGGCGAAGAGGAACCGUGAGAUUGCUCAACUUAAGAAGGAGCAGCGACGACAGGAGUAUCAGAUUCGGGCGCUGGAGUCUCAGAAGCGGCAGCAGGAGCUGGUGCUGCGCAGGAAGACCCAGGAGGUGACCGCCUUACGGCGCCUGGCUAAGCCCAUGUCAGAUCGUGUGGCAGGACGAGUGGCCCGUUGGAAUCAGGCGCCUCCAGUUACAGACUCUGGAGCGGAUUUGUCAGCCAGCACGACGGCAAGCAGCUCCGAGGCGGAGACUGCGAGGACCGUGAGUGGGCUGGUGCGCCAGUGGAACAACAAGGACAACGCAUACGGAUACAUGGCGGAGAGUGAGGGAAGUAUGGAUGGAACGCGGUUGAUUAGCAGCAGGAAGAAGCUGCAGAGGAAGCCAGCAGUCCUGGCUAGCACUGCAGCUGCAGGCAGAGCCAACAGUUUCUCCAAGUCUGCCCGUCUAAAGUGGCAAACCCUCGAGCGUCGCAUUGUAGACAUAGUCAUGCAGAGAAUGACCAUCUCUAAUGUGGAAGCAGACAUGGAUCGCCUUAUCAAGAAACGAGAAGAGCUGACAAUACAGCAGGAAGCUCUGUCACAUAAAAGGGUGGUCUUGAUGGCGGAUGGAGAAGGGCCAGAGGCCGAGGACCGCCUCCUUCAGGAAGUUAACGAGGAGAUCGAGGUGCUGAAUGCCAACAUAGACUAUAUCAAUGACAGUCUGUCUGACUGCCAGGCUACCAUCGUGCAGAUAGAGGAGACCAAGGAUGAGCUGGACUCAGUGGACACCUCAGUGGUGAUCAGCUCCUGUUCCCUGGCUGAAGCCCGCCACCUGCUGGACCACUUCCUAAAGGCUUCCAUUGAUAAGAGUUUACAGGUGGCUCAGAAGGAGGCGCAGAUCCGACUGCUUGAGGGCCAGCUGAGGCAGACUGAUGUGAUUGGCUCGUCCCACAAUCACAUGAUUCUUGACGCUCUGCGAGAAAAGGCAGAGUGCAUCCCCGAGCUCCAGGCCCUCAUCCACAAUGUCCAGCAAGAAAAUGGUUAUGCCAGCACAGACGAGGAGCCCUCCGAGUUCAGCCAAGCCUCUGACACCAGUGUGUCACAGAUGAAGGAAUCCAACAGUCAGGAUGACUUUAAAAUAAAGAUGGAGCCUCGCCUCUCUGCCCAGAUGAAGGCGGUAUCAGCGGAGUACCUCGGCCCCAUCCUGGACCCCUCUUCAAGCAGCAAGCAGCAGCACAUCACUAAGUCUCUAGCCUCAUUGACAGACAUCCAGGAGGAUGGCUUAAGUCUUAUUCCAGGAAGUCUGGCGCUCAGUGUCCCCCUCCGAGACCCUUUUCACAGGGACCGAGCGUCCCGCACCAUCAGCCUUCCUGUCAGGGGACACACUUUUCCCAGGCAAUCUCGAGGUUAUGACACGUCCCCCAUUACGAGACGGAAAUCUUACGACCGUUCAUACAGGCCUACUGAUGGCUACACUCCCCCCUCCUCCCCUCCUUUAAGGACAAGGAAUGACCGCAAUGUUUUCUCCAGACUGACCAGCAACCAAACGCAAGGUUCUGCUCUGGACAAGUCGGAUGACAGCGACUCCUCGCUCUCCGAGGUGCUCAGGGGUGUGAUUAAUCCCAUCGGGGGUGUGAAGGGAGGUCGGACGGCACCCCUCCAGUGUGUCUCUGUAGCCGAGGGUCACUCGAAGCCGGUUCUGUGUGUGGACGCUACAGAUGAGUUGCUUUUCACUGGAUCUAAAGAUCGUACCUGUAAGAUGUGGAAUCUGGUCACAGGUCAGGAGAUCACCACCCUCAAAGGCCACCCAAACAACGUGGUGUCGGUAAAAUAUAGCCCCUCUUCUGGUCUGGUCUUCAGUGUCUCCACCUCAUACAUCAAGGUGUGGGACAUCCGUGAUUCUGCCAAGUGCAUACGCACCCUCACAUCAUCAGGGCAGGUGGUUUCAGGAGACGUGUGUGCUGGCACAACCACCCGGACAAUCACCUUUGCUCAGGGCGAGUGUCAGAUCAACCAGAUAGCACUCAACCCUUCAGGAUCUGUCCUCUAUGCUGCAGCUGGGAAUAUUGUUCGCAUGUGGGACCUCAACAGGAUGCAGGGGACCGGCAAGCUUAUGGGCCAUAUUGGUUCUGUCAUGUGUCUGACAGUGGGGCAGUCUCUGCUGGGCAAAGACCAAGUCAUCACUGGCUCAAAAGACCAUUAUGUCAAGAUAUUUGAUGUGGCAGAAGGAACUCUGGGUAAUGUAGGUCCUGCUCAUAACUUUGAGCCGCCGCACUAUGACGGCAUUGAAUGUUUGGCCGUGCAGGGAGACGUGCUGUUCAGCGGCUCGCGAGACAACGGCAUCAAGAAAUGGGAGCUGGAGCAGCAGGAGCUUGCACAGCAAAUCCCAAAUGCCCACAAGGACUGGGUCUGCGCUUUGGCCUAUGUACCCGGCCGGCCCAUGCUGCUGAGCGGCUGUCGGGGCGGCAUGCUCAAGGUGUGGAAUGUGGACAACUUCACACCCAUAGGAGAAGUCAGAGGUCACGAAAGCCCCAUUAAUGCUAUAUGCACCAACUCCAGACAGAUAUUUACAGCAUCCAGUGACUGCAGGGUGAAGUUGUGGACCUAUGUGCCAGGCUUGACCCCAUGUCUUCCUCGUCGAGUCCUGGCCAUUAAGGGGCGAGCCACCAGCCUCCCAUGAUUGCCUGUCCUCUGCACACCGACCCUCCUUUCCUCUGCGACAAGACGGUAAAGAUCUGGCUGUCAAAGGUGUGGAGGAAGAGGUGAGAAGCAAAGUGUCUGUGGAUCCUCUGUCAGCCAUCUUGCUGCAACGUCAGCCGCUUCCAGCGACAUGAUGUGAUGCCGCAGUCACAGUUUCCAAGGCAAACAAGGUGUGGAUCAUGCAAAAAAAUGGUGGAUCCGGAAGUAAAGAAAUAUGCCUUUUCAAUUUUUUUUUAUCUGCCAACUUUCAAAGUGCCAUUCAGGUGUGCUACUUGGAGAUAAAUGUUGUCAGCCUGGUGAUGCAUCCGCUAAGCAAAGCUAUUUCUCACCUGACAUGAAAACAACCACCUGCAGUCUGGUACUAAAUGAAAGUGUCCUUCUGUUCUUUCACCAAGGUUUCAGGCAGGGAGAGAUGAAUCUGCUCAUGUAUCGGUUAGACUUGCAGGAUAAGGGACUGUCUCACAAACAUUGUGGCUGUUUAAAUACCGAGCACAUCGGAUAAUCAUGUGAAAUGAUCAUGGCAGUGGAUCGGUGGUCUAUGAUUGUUCUUGACUCAAACAUCACUGGAAAAUUACAGAGACUACCACUACUUCCAUUUUGCCAGGAAUAUGACUGAAAAUGUUUCAUGUUUGUAGAUUCAUUAUUAUAAUGUCUAAUUUAUUGUUUUUCCUACCUCACUUGUUUUGAACUCUGACCUGAGGUGGGAAGAAACAUUUUUACGGGUCUUUGUGUGCAAACACUUUUGUUUUCAGGUCAUUCAUUUAAUCUUCAACCCUGCAUGGAUGUGUCCUGUGUGGCCCCCUUGGCAAUCACACUGACAGGUUGAAGAAAAGAUACUGAGGUAGUGCUGGUCCAGGAGGACCUGACUGAAUCUCAUCAUCUGUUAUUUAAAAUGCUUACUGUGGUCAAAGUAAGAAAAAGCUGUGCAGUUUUCUGAUGACACGAUCGCUUUCAUUGCAGAGAUGUGCGACAGGUAUGAGACUGUGGCCGAAAUGUCUGAUUGUAAUGCCAUCAAUCUGCAGCAUGGGGCCCCGUUUUUGCCAUUUUUUUCAAUGAAGCACCAAAUCCGAGGAUCCCUACUUCUUUCCCUCUACGUUUCCAUUUAAUGUUAAGUUUCAAAAUGACCAUCCUUACUUGGAAGUCCACCUUGUUUCCAGCUUCUAAACAUCUCUCGUAAGCCAAUUUAAUUAAAGCUCAGCUCUUCCAGCUGCUUUUCAGGCAAGAUUUCUUGUGUGAAAGUAGGUCAUCACUGAGAGGGAUUCUUUUCUUUCCCUCCUUUUCUAAUCCCAGUUUUCUUCCACCCACCAUUUAGCUGCUACACUUUCAAGCAGGAAUAAACUUCCUGUGCACUGAUGUACAAAUCUGUUUAUGUGGCAGAUUAGGCGUGUGGGCAACACGCACAUAUGCACAUGCCACGGAUAAAUAAACAGUCUGAGCGGAUGUUUCGGCUAUCCAUCUUGUUUGAUGGGUCUUGGCAUCUUUCACUGUGUUGAUUUAGAGUCUUCAUAAUAACACAGACAAAUACAGACUCAGGGCUGUAGCAUGCCCGUAAACUCUGUUUUAUUAUCUUUUUCUUGUCUGACAUCUCCUAAUUCUGGAAAUGGCUUUGCAUAUAUCCAUUAUCUCCCACCUUUUGCUUAAUGCUCCAAAAAUGGCCGGGCUGCAUUUCAAACGCCCUGCCGCUCAGAUGUCUUACUGCUUGAUUAAAACCCAAUUUAUGUCUGAUAAUUUUGUUCAGCUCAGCAAUAUUUGUUCUGAAAGAAAUCAUGUUUUGCUCAUUUGGUGCACUUUUCCUUGCAGAAGACCCAGAGUCUAACGAUAUGUGGAUAAAUUGUUGGUGAUGCUUGGAUCGUAAAACAUCAUUCAUAGGAGAAAAGUUCCUAUAAACAAGCUUUCUGUUACAUUUCUUGCUGCUGCUUUGUGACCAACAUGAAUCCCAAGCUGCUUAAACCCGCCAAAAGCAAUUUUAUUAAAUUUUGUUUUGUUUAGGGGGUAAAACAUUAUUUUAACAAAGCAUUGUCUUGAAUAAUAUUUUGCUAUGAUUAGAAACUCAGGUAUAUGUUGAUGAUUUCAGUCAAUCGUUAGUCAUAAUGUGAGCUGCAAACUAGCUUUUUCAACCAACCAAAUGCCUUGUUUGUGAGAAUAUUAUUAUUUGGAACAGAAUUGGUACUGUCAGUUUGUAAAAUACUCAUUUUCUGUGUUUCACUUUUCCAUUUGACUCCCUUUACUUCUUACCUUUGUACUGUGCCAGUUUUACAAGGCACCUUCCCAGACUGGCCAAAACUGAAAGCCUUGAAGAAGAUGUGCACUGAAAUAUUUUUUUUCUUUACCAUGAUGACAUCUUUGAAAUGUGUAUACUAUGUGACAUAUGUAAGGUAGUUGUCCUGUAAACUUCCACAACAGAAGGGGUUGCAAACUUUGACCACAAGUCUUUUGGGCCCUUCACUGUAUUUCUCUGUGCCAAUUAGCCUAACUGACCCUGCUCACCAUCUCACCAGGUUCAAAGUGGUAGUUGUAAAACAAGUUUUAUCUCUUUUUUUAUUGUAACCCAUCCAGACUCCCCAUGCUUUUAGAGGCUGCAUUCCUUCGCUUGUACAUUUGCUGAAGGACAUGUGAUAUCAGUAAUACUGAUUGGUAGAUUACAUAUCUUCAAACAUUGCUGUUCAGUGGGUGGGUUUUCUGUCGUUAUGUUUCCAGUCUAAGUGAUAAUUUGCUGCCAGUCUCAGAUAGACAUGGUUAUUUUUCUUGCAUUCCAAACAACAUGCUAACUAUAAGACUUACUCUGAGCAUGCAAAUGGACCACAUGGUGCAUCUUGAUAGGUUUAAAUAUUAUUGAAAGUGAAACUUGUGUAUUAUAUCAAUUUGUUACACACAGGGGGAGAUGCUGAAAUGUUUAUUUGUUAAUUUUGAUGGUUAUCAUUUCUCCUACACUUUUUUCCUCCAUCAACUUUCCUUUAAUAUGCUUGAGUACACAACAUUUUGAACAGCCAUCAUAAUUAAAAAUGACCUUUUAACCACAGCAAAUGAAAAACCGAAUUCUGUUUCUCAGAAAGCUAGAUGAUAUUCUAAUUUUAAAGCCAAUUUAAAAAAAGGAUUGAUACAAAAAUUUUAUGGUCGUCAUGCAGAAGACUGCUUACUUACCAGCAGACAGCUAAUGACAGCCUUAGUAAGAAAGGUAAACCCUAAAAGAUUAUUGCUAAAGGAGCUGGCUCCUUACAGAGUGCUGUAUCAUUAAUGGGAAACUGAGUAGAAGGAAAAACUGUGGUGGAAAGGGGACCACAAGCAACAGGGAUAACUGCUGCUUUGAAAGGAUGGUAGAAAAGCCCAUAUUCAUCCAAAUUCACAGAAAUAAACAUUUUAAGAGUUUUACUUUUAAAAAUUAUAUUACAAAAAUAAAUGAACUUUUUGAUAAUAUUAUAAGUUAUUGAGAUGCACCUGUAUUAUUGUUUUCCAAUGGCUCCAAGCUCGUACCUCAGCCUGUUCAGCACCACUUCAUUACUUGAUAUGUAAAUACUUGUGCCAUAGCAUUUUUCUGAUAAUUACUGUAGGGAUGAAUUUGAGUUUAACAGACUUUGACAUCAGUUGGUCUCAGAUUGAUCUCUGCAAAUUAGGAUUUACAUGCACUUUGUAAAACAAACUUUUCUGCAAACACUUUACACUCCUUGUUCUAGAUGUAGAUUAAGCCAUGUUUUUACCUUACCUUAGAAAAAAAUGCAGACAUUGUAGUGAAAAAAGCACAUCUGUUUAAAUCUACUGUAGGUUUAGACGUCCAUGAUAAUAUUAUCUCCUAGGAAAUGUAAUAGUUCAGGAAAAAAAGGAGCCCCUGCCUUUAAUUUUCCUUUUUAGUAACAUCUUAAAAAAGAAAUAGCAGGGCAUAAAACAAAACUUUAUAGAUGCUCAGGAGACUUUAUAUUAAUUUCCCUGAUUGCCUGUUAAUAUUCAGCUAAAACUGUGUGAAACUGCCUACUUCACAAUAAGGAAUACAUGUUGAUUUUGCUUAUUGUAAUACUCUGAUUCAGGCAAUAUGAUUAACGCAAACUCCAAAUCUCAAGGACGCUAUAAAAGUCCUCAUAUAGAAAUGAUUUGAAAAAAAAAAAUCUUCAGUAUUCAUUGGAACAGUUUACCUCACUAGCUGUAUACUGCAAUGCAAUGUGCUGGAAUGGCUGGUCAACAAAAGCAUGGGAAGGACCUACAGAAACAUCCUCAUGUCAUUUAUCUACCUGUCAGGUAAAUUUGUAUCCUUGGCAGAUCACGCAAAUCAUUCAUAUUUAAAAACAGAAUAAAACAAUGAAGAGAUGCUUGCUGGAACCUUGCACUGUUUAAGACUCCCAGAUUAUUCUGCAAUAAGUGUUGAUUUGUAAAGUGCGUAAGAAGUAGGUAGUAGGCGGUUUUGAACACAUGGUGCUUUUAUACAUUUAAACGCGUAAUGUUCCCAGGCUAAAAAUAAGUCUCAGUUUCAAUAUUUACUGUUGGUACACUUAACAAGCUUCAUGCUCUGACAAAGCAGUCAUUUAUUGUACAGGAGAAGACCUAUGUUUAAAGGUUUGGACAAAUACAGAUAUAUCAGAAUAGAAUAUUUCUAGAAGGGAUAUUUCACUCGUUUUGAACUAGGGUUGUGUUAAAUUGUAUUCACAGUUUUGGAGAAUAUGUGAGAACUCCUCAUGAGGAAAUAAAGCUUGCAGCUGCUCACUAAAGAGUAAAUUUCCAUUGUCUAAAACAUUAAAAACCAACAUUCCUAACUGUUGAAAUUUAAAUGCUAUAUUUGUCAUUUAUACACUUUUGCAUGAGAAGGUUGUUUACAUUGUCAUUAUUGUAACAACGUCAGUGUUUCUAUGUUAACUGUGUGAACUGGAGCUGAUAAAAUAUCCCACCGCUAAUCAGUCUUUUAGGUCUCGAAUUUGGGUCUUAAGAAGACAUUUUAAUCGUUUGUUAGUGUUGUUUGAGGAUAAAGCUGGGGAACUGCGAGUAAUAAUAGAAUUAUAUUGGAGAAACAUUCAGCUGCUUCAGUUACCAUAGCAACACAGAUGUAAGGUUAAGAUGUAGUCCCUACGUUUGCAACAUCCUCCAGGGGUUAAAUCAGAUAUGUUUAACAGAGGUUCUGUGAAGUUAUUAUUGCUAAUAGUUCUCUUACAUGUAGUAGAAAGAUGUCAAAUCUACAUUAGCCUGCAGAAAAAGUAUAUCAAUCCUGAGUGGUGGAUGACUAACAAGCUAGUCAGCUGCACUGCCCUGUUUUAACUGAUUUUAACUGUUUUAAAAAACUCUAAUAAUUUUCAUAUCAGUGGGAUACAAUGUUUUGUCCACAACUUUACAAGAGACUGUUAAAUAUGGUGCUGUUUUAUUUUGUGUUUUUUUCCAGCUGAGCAAGGUCCAUGAUACAAAAUUCAAAAGCGUACUCCUUUUAUUGUGGGCCUAGUGGACUGGCGAGUUUCAGUGGCUAUAGAAGGUUUUUAAAACCUGGCAGCCUAAACAACUGCAACUCCACAAAGUAUUACAGAAAUUGACAAAACAACACUAAACUUAACAAAGGUAUGAAGUGAAAUUGUAGGCUGUUAGUGUCUGCUAAUGUAGCGUUGUAUUCCAGUUAUAUGGACAUUUUCAAUUUUAGUUGUUGGAAAUUGCUAAAAUCAGUUAGAAUGGGAAGUAUCUUCAGCUGGAUUCUGACUCUGAGGACGACAAGCUUAGAGUGAUGACAUCUUUCUACAACAGUUAAGGGAGAUAUUAUCGAUAGCUUCAAAUAACGUCACUUUUAAAAUUCCAAACUAGCCCUUUAAGCAAAAAAAGUAAAUUUGACCUAAAUAUAACAGUUGUUUGAACAACUUGAAGGUCCUGUGCUUGAGGACUGUUUAUAUUACAGAAAGAUGUUCUUGAAUGGACCCUGCUAUGAAUAGUGUUAGCUUGAAUCUCCCAUAAUAACUUCUUCCUGAUUUUCCGAGCUAAGAUUACUCUAACUGUUGUCUACUUCAGGUAAUAUACUGAAGGCUCAACUACCCCAAACAAACUCACUUAAAACAAACCAACUAUUCCAUUAAUUUUCCACAUAAAAUAGACAAGUUGCUGCCUUGUACAUUUCUGCCAACUAUGAAAUAAAUAGAACAGACCUGCUAUUGAUAUAAUUUUUAUAGAUUCAGAAUUGAGGAUAUACAGCCUUCAAGACAUAUUUCAUAUUAAAAAAGAAGCAUGUGAGUAGCCGGUGUUCACAUUUUGUUGAGAAAUUCGAAGCUUUGCAAGAUUUUAACAAUAGCCUCGUGCCUCAGCCACAUAUUCUGACUGCUUUGUGAAAACAGAAAGUAUAUUAAGGACCAUGACAAUCAUUCACCCAAACCCAUGAAUCUGUUAGAUGUGUUUUAAGGAUUGUAGAUUGUCCUUCAGUUCUGUUUUAAGCCAAUCAGUACAUCUGCCCGCUUUAUCAUCCUGGCAGAAAAGGGCUGCAACUAUCCUCGGGCCGCUGAGGGGAUGGAAUGACAUUUACACACUAUCAUGUGGGCUCUUGAUCGAGAGACUGCUUGGCUACUCUGUCACACUUUAACACACAUCUUCUCUUGCAGCUGCUUCAGUAGAUUUCAUCCAGGUUUGUGUCGCACGCUAACACAAAAUCUGACAAUGUCUGUGAAAUGUGGACACUUAGGAUAGAAAUAUAGGGUCAGAAGUCAGAUGUGCCUUCUGUUGCACAGACUAGUCCCUCUUGAGUGUAAAUGUAUGUAUAGUUUUUAUGACAAUAUGCCUGUAACUAAGCCAUGUAAAAUGAUUUGACUCUAAAUAAUGUAAAAAUAUUUAAUGAAGGAUCCAAUAAAUAGGAGUUGAAACCAA